GUUAGAUCGAUGGGCGAUACGCAAAAAGAUCAUUUGCAGCACCACUGAUCAAGGCGCAAAUAUGAAGAAGGCCUCUGUUGAUCAAAGCAAAGCAGUUGGCGGUUCGUGGCCCCCGUGUGCCGCUCACAAUAUACAGCUUUGCGCCGCCGAUGCGUUGAGGCUAACCCCAGGCGCAGACGUCCUAUUUGACAAAUGCAACGUGCUCUCUUCGCUCAUUCGGAAUACUUCAGGAAUCAAUCGUGUUCUUACGAAGGAGCAAGUGCCGGACUUUGGAGGACCAUUAGGCGCUCUGACGGUUACCCCGACUCGAUGAAACUCGAAGCAUGCUAUGGCCACGCGCCUCCUAAGGCUGCUCCCGGUACUCAAGCAAGCGGAGGAGAAGCUGAGCGCGUCGACUGCCAAGGAAGACAAGAAGUAUUUGGCGAUGCUCCGUGGCGCUCUUAUCACGGAUGAGGAAGUUGGCAUCUUGAAAGAGGUACUCGAUAUACUUGAUCCCGUAGUGUUCUUCACAAACCAGGUCAGCAGAGAGAAGACAUCGACAAUUUCUCAGAUCUAUCCUUCCAUUUUCGACAUGGUCAACAAGCCAAGAGAACCAUUAACAAUCGAUGCGACUGCAUUACAGGCCAGCCUUGUUGAACAGCUGCAGAGACGAUGGCCAAUGGACAACAUUCCGCAUGUGGCUCUCGUUUCAACACUUUUGAAUCCUGCAGUGGCAUCGCAUAACAUGUUUUCACGCUCAGGACCAGGGACACUUCUAGAUAGCGCGAAGGAACAGGUUUUUACCGCGUUCGUAAGGAUGGCUGAAAACUCCUGCCUUCUUCGCGAUAACCCGAGGGCUGAGCAGUAUGGGCUGAAUGUCGAGGACUUCCACGAGGACAUUCGGAACAACCUCGAUCGAUAUCUGAGCGACGUCAGUAGAAGCAAGAUAGAAUGCGCAGAGUACUUCGACCGCCCAGAGGACUGGUGGGCAAAAAGAGUGUUAGGUUCACUCUCUUGAAGGUUCUUGCCCGGGCUGUCUUGCACAUCCAAGCGUCGUCGGCAGCAUCAGAGCGUCUAUUUAGCAGUGCCGGCAACCUGCUCACCGCAAAGAGGACGAACAUGUCUCAUUCACUUUU